UUAUUCAACGUUACUGAGAACUGCUGUGGCGAAAUAAAUUGAGAAGACGUGUGCUGGAGUCUUUGUCACGGUCAGGGAGAACGACGUCGUCCUCCUCGACACCCACCAAGGUUAUUCGACAAAUAGCACUGAGAUAUACCUGCGACACAAUCGAACACGGCAAAGCUUUUCGCGAACUGGGCGAUGAUCGAAGGCGCCACUUCAGAGACCGCUCGCAUGGCGCUCCUGAACCACAUCACCUAUCGCCUUGUUCAAGGUUCCGACUAAUAGGCCGUAACCACAUUGAUGCGGCACUAACAGCGUUCUAAAUCGCGAGAAAAAAGAUGGUGCUAAAUGAGCAAUGGCAACUCCAAGAUUGCCUGCCGCUCGCGCGCGAGGCUAGGUGGCAGCGAGCGUGGGUAGCACGACGAGCAAGCAAAAAAGAAAAAAAAACAAGAUACGCGUCAUGUUUGUUCUAAUGUAACGCCAGGCUAAUUCUCAGGACAGAAUUUCUCAAAAGAAAAAGAAGAAAGCUCGUGUUAUGUUUGUGCCAAUUCGGUACCUUUAGCCACAUUGACGUGAAUGCAAUUUACAAACAUAACACCUUUACUUCACGUGCGGAUUCACGUGCGUAUAACGGCCAACGCAAUCUCAACACAAAUAACAAUAACAAAAGCUGUCGUCGGCCCUCUCGACCAAUUCAUAUCAAAUCAUAAAACAAAUCGAAGUCCAAUGCAUAGCUCCCACAAUGGACGAACUACAGUUGCGCCAGCUCUCUUAUCCGGUAGCCUUUAUCGAAACACUCUUGUUGUUUCAAAGACGCUAGAGAAUUCGCGUCUCUCGCUUAUUCACGUGUUGGCACUGCUGCAGCUCGUCUACCUAGAUCGUGGCCCGUGUCGCCGCCACGCAGCCCGUCGGAGUCUACAGGUGGAAGAAUGUCGCCCCUCGAGAGCCAGUCGCGCACUCCGCGUUCCGCUUCCCCCAGGGAGCCCUGGAUGAGCGGCGACUUUGGAUCACGCACACUCCGACGCAGUGGCAACGUGACACCUGGCACUCCGCGCGGCUGUCGUACUCCUGCGGGCGAAACGAAAAAAGCUACGGAGACCGACGCCGCCAGCGCACCGCCGGCCAAGCCAGCUCAAGCUGCAGCGGCACAAGCCGACAGUCUGGCUUCCGACGAAGAUGACGCGGCGAUCCCUUUUGUGCUACCCGAGGACAACAGCGUGGGCUGGUUCCGCAUCUGGGUUCUCUGCUCGGUGGCCGGCAUUGUGCUCAUUAUUCCGUUCGGGCUGACCCUGCUGUCAUACCGCGCGGCUUCCAGGUCUCACAAGUUUACGACCCACAGAGGCCACAAAAUUUCUACGCCCAGGAGACACCCGACUGCCGCCAGCGGCCCGAACAGAGUGCCGCUCAUAUACUACGAUGACAAGAGCGGCCGACCUCCGAACUGUCAGUCAGCGAACUACUCUGACGUGAACGAGCUGGUUCUGGACUUGCCUGUGCCACGGCCAACCCAGCCUUUGCCGGACAAGAUGUUCCGCAAAGUGUUCUGCGUGUUCAAUACGAUGUUGCGAGCUCAGGGCCUCGUGUGCUGUACCGGUGGUCUAAAUGAAGCUUCAAUGGCGUUAUGGGCCAUCCGAAAAAUACUAGAGCCGAGUUUUCUACGUCGAGUAGCCUACAGCAUAGCGCUCGGUGCGGAUACUUACUUCGGCGAUUCGAAGGAACUUUGGACGCCCGGAAUACCAUUGAGCCGCUUCUACGAUCUCGCACAAGGCACAGUGAAGAUGAGCUACAAGCAGGUGUGCAAGUUGCCCACAGUGAAAAAAACGGACGAAUGUGUCCUGUCCAUAGCAGCGAGAAACGGUUCGGGAUACAAGAUGGCGGCUUUUGCUGGGAUGGAACAACUGAGGAACCGCCUUGUAAAGUCGUACUACUAUGAGAUGGCCCAACUUGCUGUUGUCAUCUACGACAUUGAACUGGAUGACUACGAGGGCUUCUGCGAAAACACCAAGUGGCCGCUUAUCCGUGCUCUCUCAGAACCUUUCAACAAAAGUCUUCGACACCUCUAAGACAAAGGCGUAGAGCAUGUCAGAAGCCAUAAGCCAUAGGCCUAGUACCCUUUGUGAAAUGAAUAGAAUAUAGGCAACUGUUUCGAUUGUCGAUAUGACAAAUGCCAUUCCUUGAUUCAAGUUUUCGUCGCCACAUCGGUGGUUAAAAC